UUGAGUGGAUGAUUUUAGCGACCAUCAUUGCUAACUGCAUUGUUUUAGCACUUGAGCAGCAUUUACCUGACGACGACAAAACACCGCUCUCAGAACGUCUGGACGACACCGAGCCGUACUUCAUAGCCAUUUUCUGCUUCGAGUCCGGCAUUAAGAUCCUGGCUCUGGGUUUUGCCUUCCAUAAAGACUCGUACCUGCGCAACGGCUGGAAUGUCAUGGACUUCGUAGUGGUGCUGACUGGUAUUUUAUCUACUGUUGGUUCCGAGUUUGAUUUGCGGACACUGCGUGCGGUCAGAGUGCUGCGACCUCUCAAGCUUGUCUCAGGAAUUCCAAGCCUGCAGGUGGUGCUGAAGUCCAUAAUGAAGGCAAUGAUCCCCCUGCUGCAGAUCGGUGUUCUCCUGUUUGUCGCGAUCCUCAUGUUCGCCAUCAUCGGCCUCGAGUUCUAUUCGGGAAAAUUUCACAAAGCAUGUUAUGACAACGUCACAGGAGAGAUUCUGGACGAUCAGCUGUGUGGUGAUGAGUUACCUGCGCGUGUGUGUCCUUCUGGAUCUGUGUGCAAUGACACAUUGCUCGGACCGAAUUAUGGAAUAACGCAGUUUGAUAACAUUUUCUUCGCCGUCCUCACUGUGUUCCAGUGCAUCACCAUGGAGGGCUGGACAGACAUGCUUUACUAUAGUAACGAUGCUUUAGGAAGCACAUGGAACUGGAUGUACUACGUCCCGCUCAUCAUCAUCGGCUCUUUCUUUAUGCUCAACUUGGUGUUGGGUGUGUUGUCUGGUGAGUUUGCUAAAGAGAGGGAACGAGUUGAGAACCGCAGAGAGUUUCUGAAGUUGCGGAGACAGCAACAAAUUGAACGAGAACUGAAUGGAUAUCUGGAGUGGAUCUGCAAAGCAGAGGAAGUAAUUAUGGCUGAAGAUGACACUAAAGGAGACCGAUCUCGCCGAAGACCCACUAUAAAAAAGAGUAAAACUGACCUGCUGAACCUGGAGGGAGGACAGGAUCACAUGGGGGACGCAGUGGGUUUGAAAGCUGAGGGCUCCAGUUUUAGUAAGAAAGAGCGCCGUUUCCGCAUCCUCAUACGUAAGAUGGUAAAAACUCAGGCGUUUUAUUGGACCGUCCUCAGCCUUGUUGGUCUCAACACACUCUGCGUCGCAGUCGUCCACUACGACCAAUCCGAACUGCUGUCUGACUUUCUAUUCUAUGCAGAGUUUAUCUUUCUGGGCCUCUUCAUGUUUGAGAUGCUAAUAAAGAUGUACGGAUUGGGGACGAGGCCAUACUUCCACUCCUCCUUCAACUGUUUUGACUGUGCGGUGAUUGUUGGCAGUAUAUUUGAGGUGGUCUGGGCAGUGAUAAAACCUGGCACUUCAUUUGGGAUCAGUGUCCUGCGAGCUCUGAGACUGCUGCGGAUAUUCAAAGUUACAAAGUACUGGGCUUCUCUCCGUAAUCUGGUUGUGUCGCUCUUGAAUUCAAUGAAGUCCAUCAUCAGCCUUCUUUUCCUUCUCUUCCUGUUCAUCGUGGUGUUUGCCCUUCUGGGGAUGCAGCUGUUUGGGGGACAGUUUAACUUUGAAAUGGGAACCCCUCCUACAAACUUUGAUACCUUUCCGGCAGCAAUCAUGACUGUGUUUCAGAUCCUGACAGGUGAGGACUGGAAUGUCGUUAUGUACUAUGGGAUAGAGUCUCAGGGAGGUGUUCACAAGGGAAUGAUCUCCUCUGUGUUCUUCAUCGUUCUCACGCUUUUUGGAAACUACACUCUGCUGAAUGUGUUCUUGGCCAUUGCUGUGGAUAAUUUGGCUAAUGCUCAGGAACUUACAAAGGAUGAGCAGGAAGAAGAGGAAGCCACCACACAGAAAAUUGCUCUCCAGAAAGCUAAAGAAGUCGCUGAGGUCAGCCCACUCUCUGCCGCGAACCUCUCCAUUGCUGCUAAGGAACAGCAGAAGAACUCAAAGCCGGCUAAGUCAGUGUGGGAGCAGCGCACCAGUGAGAUUCGCCGUCAGAACCUGAUGACCAGCCGAGAGGCACUCUACAAUGAGCUGGAUUCUGAAGACCACUGGAAGACAAACUUCCGUAAUCACCCUGACAUGAAGACACACUUAGAUCGCCCCCUGGUGGUGAAUCCUCAGGAGAACCGCAACAACAACACCAAUAAACCCAGACCUGAAGAACCAGCACAGCAUGGCCACAGCAUCUCCCCCCCACCCAGUUAUCAGCCCCGCUCACGCCACAGGCACUGCUCACACAACCAGGAGGACAAGGAUAGGAAGCACAGGAGACAUCACCACGGUAACCACAGAGACAAGGAAAGACGGAGGGAACGAAGUUGCAGCCAUCUCUCAAGGAAUCAGUGCAGUGAAGACCUGGAUAACGUCAGGAACAACAGCAUGCUGAUCCUUCAUGACCCAGAGCUCCACCUUCAUCAUUCAUACAAUCCAUAUGACCUAUAUGACCCCUGCUAUGACCCUGAGCUGACCAAUAAUGUGCUGAAUCUGAGGGGGCGGAGCUUACCAGAGAGUGUCCUCAUCCUCACUGACCCGAUGAAGAGCUCUAGCAAAGAGUUUAUAGCCAUCGACAUGCAGCCUCUCUACCCAUCACUCACAGGCCAGCUCCAGGUAAAUAAGAAUGCAAACACUGAAGCAAGUAAAGAUGGAGAGAAGAAAGCUGAGGAGGAUGAUGACGGUGGAGGUGACGAAGAUGGUCCCAAACCCAUUCCUCCAUUUAGCUCCUGCUUUAUCAUGUCUCCGACCAACCCGUUCCGUAAAUGCUGCCACUACAUUAUGACUUUGCGUUACUUUGAGAUGUGUAUUCUGUCUGUAAUCGCUAUGAGCAGCAUCGCUCUCGCAGCAGAGGAUCCCGUCCGGCCCGACUCACCUCAGAACAACGUUCUUCGUUACUUUGAUUACGUCUUCACAGGUGUCUUCACUUUUGAGAUGCUGAUUAAGAUGGUGGUGCUGGGUCUCGUCCUUCAUGAAGGAGCUUAUUUUCGUGAUCUGUGGAACUUUCUGGACUUCAUUGUGGUCAGUGGUGCUCUGGUUGCAUUCGCCUUCUCGGGAAGCAGUAAAGGCAAAGACAUCAGCAUCAUUAAAUCCCUACGAGUGUUACGAGUCCUGCGACCACUCAAGACCAUCAAACGUCUCCCUAAGCUGAAGGCCGUGUUUGAUUGUGUGGUGAAUUCUCUGAAGAAUGUUUUGAAUAUCCUCAUCGUCUACAUGCUCUUCAUGUUUAUCUUUGCUGUUGUGGCUGUGCAGCUUUUUAAAGGCAGAUUUUUUUGCUGCACAGACGAAUCCAAAGAGUUUGAUCGUGACUGCCGUGGAGAGUAUUUGGUGUAUGAAAGUGAGAAUGAGGUAAAGGCUCAGAAACGGGAGUGGAAGAAGUACGACUUUCACUAUGACAAUGUGCUGUGGGCUCUACUCACACUCUUCACUGUGUCCACUGGAGAGGGCUGGCCUGAUGUGCUGAAGCACUCUGUGGACUCCACCUUUGAGAAUCAGGGUCCAAGUCCUGGUUACAGGAUGGAGAUGUCGAUAUUCUACGUCGUCUACUUUGUUGUGUUUCCAUUCUUUUUUGUGAACAUCUUUGUUGCUCUCAUCAUCAUCACCUUCCAGGAACAAGGGGACAAAAUGAUGGAGGACUACAGCCUGGAGAAGAAUGAGAGAGCGUGUAUUGACUUUGCGAUUAACGCGAAGCCACUCACGCGUCACAUGCCCGAGAACAAGCUGAGCUUCCAGUACAGGAUGUGGCAGUUUGUGGUGUCACCUCCGUUUGAGUACAGCAUCAUGAGCCUGAUUGCCCUCAACACCAUUGUUUUAAUGAUGAAGUAUCAUGAAGCUAAAGAAACAUAUGAUAAAGUUUUGAAAUACCUGAACAUCGUUUUCACCACCCUGUUCUUCAUGGAGUGCAUCCUGAAAAUGAUUGCAUUUGGGAUUCGGAAUUAUUUCCGAGAUGCGUGGAACAUUUUCGAUUUCGUGUCCAUUUUAGGCAGCAUCACAGACAUCUUAGUGACGGAGCUGGGGAAUAACAUAAUCAAUGUGAGGUUCCUUCGUCUGUUUCGUGCCGCUCGUCUCAUUAAGUUGUUGCGACAGGGAGAGACAAUUCGCAUCCUUCUUUGGACCUUUGUCCAGUCCUUUAAGGCUCUGCCGUAUGUCUGCCUGCUUAUUGCCAUCCUGUUCUUCAUUUAUGCCAUCAUCGGAAUGCAGCUUUUUGGAAAUUUGGCUCUGGGUAAAGAAGAUGGUGCGAUAAAUGACCACAACAACUUCAGAACAUUCUUCAUGGCCCUGAUGCUGCUGUUCAGGAGUGCAACAGGCGAGGCGUGGCAUGAGAUUAUGUUGUCCUGUUUGGGUGGGAUGCCAUGUGAUCCUGCUUCUGGAAACCAGACGGACGAGUGUGGCAGCAACUUCGCCUACGUUUACUUUGUCUCUUUUAUCUUCCUCUGUUCAUUCCUGAUGCUGAAUCUGUUUGUAGCGGUAAUCAUGGAUAAUUUUGAAUAUUUGACUCGUGACUCGUCGAUUCUUGGCCCUCACCACCUGGAUGAAUACGUGAGAAUCUGGGCAGAGUAUGACCCAGCGGCAUGUGGACGUAUUCAUUAUAAGGAUAUGUACAGUUUAUUGCGAGUUAUCGACCCCCCACUCGGAUUAGGAAAGAAAUGUCCUCAUAGGGUCGCCUGCAAGAGACUGUUGCGUAUGGAUUUGCCUGUUGCUGAUGACAACACGGUACAUUUCAACUCCACACUGAUGGCAUUAAUUCGUACAGCACUUGAUAUCAAGAUCGCUAAAGGGGGAGCUGAUAAACACCAGAUGGAUGCAGAAUUGCGAAAGGAGAUGAUAGCAAUUUGGCCAAAUCUGUCUCAGAAGCAGCUGGACCUGCUGGUCACGCCACAUAAGUCAGCUACAGACCUGACGGUGGGGAAGAUAUAUGCUGCCAUGAUGAUUAUGGAGUAUUACAGACAGAGUAAAGCCAAGAAACUGCAGGCGCUCCGAGAAGAACAGAACCGAACCCCCUUAAUGUUUCAGCGCAUGGAGGCAAACACUGAUCAGGACAAAAGUCAUGAGGUCAACGAGGUUAAUGGAGGUCAUGGGGUUAAGGAGGCCCCACAGGAAAACCAUGACAGUCAUCCUGUUGAAUCCUGGGUAACUGCUCGGUCUCAGAUCUUCCAGAAAUCUGUUGAUGAGAACUGGAGCACAGACUCACCGUACCAUCAGCAGGACAACCGACAGAAUGCACAGACAGUAGAAAUGAGAAUGAUGCCUGUUCACUCCGACACUGACACAUCACUACCACUGGAAGGGAGGACUGUCUCCAUGCCCCGCCUCCCACUACAUCACCAAACCAUUCCUGAUGACAGUCCAUUGAGGCGCUCUACAUGCUCCUUGGUUCAUGGGCGUUCAGGUCGAGGCAUGCGAUUGGAUGAUUACUCUUUGGAGAGGGUAGAGUCAGAGGAAGGGCCUAGACAUGGCAGGCGGAGAAGAGAAAGAGAACGAGAGAGGGAUCGAAAUCACCGCACUUCCGAGAGAUCAUUGACUCGCUACACAGAUGCUGAUACAGGUCUGGGUACUGAUCUCAGCACCACCACACAGUCAGGUGAACUUCCUCCUAAGGAGCGGGAGCGAGAGAGAGGAAGAGCCAAAGACAGACGGCAUCACCACCACCACCACCAUCAUCAUCAUCAUCAUCACCACAGCUCAGUGGAGAAAGAGCGUUAUGAGAGAGAGCGAGAGUACCAUCAUCAUCCUCACAGUAGACACGACACACACUGGUCACGUUCCCCCAGUGAAGGCAGAGAUGGCAGGGGACGAAGACAGGGAAGCAGUUCUGUGAGCGUCAGUCCAGUUCCCUCAACGUCAGGAACCAGUACGCCACGCCGCACUCGACGUCAGCUUCCCCCGACUCCACCCACACCUCGUCCGCAUGUUACAUACUCACCUGCCCCCCGGAAACCCCUCCCACCGCCCACUCCUCGCCGUGAACCUCCAACUGUUGGACCACCUUCUCGCCGGCCCUCCCCCCGCCGUGCCCCAUUUUAUGACCGUCGUUUUGAAUACGAGCCACCGAACUAUGAGCAAAGUGUGAUGCAAGGACACUCCCAUACGCCCCGUCAUGGCGCCACCCACCACAGUCCUUCUCACCGUAGUCCUGCCUCUCAUCACCGACGUGUGCCCAAUGGCUACCGUUCCUCCUCCUCUCCAUCUCCACACCGCCGAGGCCCAGCCCACCACGGCAUGCAACGUGCUCCACAGCCCCGCCCACCUCGAAAGAGUCUCCAUGAACCGUACAGUGAGACAGACGAGGAUGACUGGUGCUAAAACCCUGCUCUUAAUACACACUACAAUCAGAGAGAGACGGAAAAGAUGCGUGUAACUACACACACAAACACACACGGAUGGUCCAGUGUAGUGUAUAUGUGUGUGCAUGUGUGUGUGUGUUUGUGCAUUUGUGUGUAAAUGUGUGUAAGACUUUAGGAAUUUAAGCAACACAGCAAAAUGCAAAGUGAGUGGUCUUGCUACCUGCUCUCUCUCUCUCUUUCUCUCUCUCUCUCUCUCUCUCUCUCUCUCUCUUUUGCAUCGCUCUCUGACUUCUGGACUGCAUUACCCAGAAGGCUGUGUUUUGGAGGCAGGGUGGGAGGGGCUGGGGUGUGACCGGGGGUAUAAUAAGCAUGGUUGUCUCCAGUGUGACUCCUCUCAAACUAACAAGGAUAAAAAACAAGCUGGAGAAAAAAAGAACUAAAGAAAGAAAGAAAGAAAGAAGAAAACCAGAGAAGAAAACUAAACAAUAAACAGCAUGCUCUUACCGAGAGCUCUUCCUACUGCAAAACUAGCCAAUGGCGUCGCAGCCCGCUACUGAUGAGUUUUAUCAUCUAUGUUUACUCGACAUGCUGAGUGACCUCAUAAUUUAGAGCUUGGGUACCCGGUGAGGGGCGGGGCACUGACGAGGACACAGCCAUGCCCUCAACGCACCUUUCACGAGCACGUAAAUAAAAGUGCAGCGCAGUGGACGAGAGACUAAUCUUCAUCUUCAGUCUUUAAUUAAUAAAUUAAAUUCUUCUUCUUUGUGGACGUUUGAGGAGCACGUGCUGUUCUGUUGCUUUAUUUCCUCCUUUUGGACUUAGAGGACCUGAAGGAAACCUGCAUGAUUGAUAAAAAAAACAACAACAACAGUUGAACUGACGCAGAGGGGCCAUGGAUCUUUCUUUCAUUUUAAUUAGAAGAAAUUCUCUCAUUUUCUCUGAUCCUGCUGAUUUGGUGCUCAGGAGGAGGAGCUUCACCACAGCGGGACAUUGUCUCUCUUGUGCUUCUUUUCUGUCAAUAAUAAUAAUAAGAAGAAAAAUAAAUAAAAUGACUAAUAAGUUUAUGGGAUAAAUAAUGAUCAUGUGACAGCAGUGGUCAUGGGACCUUUGUUUAUUGUUUUGUUUGUUUGUUUGUUCCUUUACGCUCUGUCUUACUGAACCUGAGGGCCCCAGCUGCAGGGGACAGGACGCAGGGACACAUCCCAUGACCCCUCCUGUAAGGGGAUGUGGGGAGGGUGGGGCUCUUACUGCUCACUACUAAGUGCACUCCAGACUGUAGUGGGCUUCGUGCCCUCAGAUCUUUUCUACUGCAGGAGUUUUAACUGUUUCAGCAUUUUUCAGCUGAACACACACGCUGAAGUUCAGGGCUCAUCUGUGUGUCACUGUGUGCGUAUGAGUGUGUGUGUGUGUGUGUGUAAGAGAGAGAGACAGAGAUAGAGGCAUGACUGUGGUUAUUGAGUACGUGGUAACGUCUCCAUGGCAACUCCGUAAACUGCCACUGACCACCAGAGGGUGUCACCUCACCACACACAAAAUCUAAAACAUGCAUACAAAUACACUUGCACGUGCACAAAGACACGCUGUGGUACACACACACACCCACCCACACACACACACAACAACGCUGCAUGCUGUAGAUACACACAACAUUAUAGUCACUGCCACUACAUUAAACACACACACACACACACACACACACACAGACUUAGUUUGAGCUUAUUUUGUUCACUACACAGUAAUGUUGUGUAUCUAUGCAGUGAGACGGUUCUCCAUUUGAGAUAGACAUAUGUGUGUAUGUGUGUUUGCUUGUGUGUGUCUGUGUGUAUGUGAGUACCAGUCAAAAUUUUGGAUUUAUUUUCUACACUUUAGAACAAAUCUUGGAUUUUUUUUCAAAACAUGUUAAAUAUCACACAUAGCAUUCAGUAAUUCAGCAACAACAAACAGUUUUACUUAAUACAUCUUAAUCAGCUCAGAGACGUUCAUUUAGAGUCACCAGCCUCAGAAAUCACCAAUGAACAAACAGCAGCUCAGAUUAGAGCCGUUAUGAAGCUUUACAGAGCAGAAGGAGCAGAUAAACAUCUCAAUAUCAACUGUUCAGAGGAGAUUAUUGUGUGUUUGGGAUAAUAAACAUCUUCAGUAUUGUUUUACAGUGUAGAGAGAAAUAAACAUCAGGGACGACCAUGGAGUUAGAGAGGGGUGUACAAACUUUUGACUGGUAGCUGUUAGUAUGUGUAAAUACAUGUGUGUGUGUGUGUGUGUGUGUAGAGGUGGUGUUUUCCCCUAAUGUAUUAUUUUGCUCCAUAUUUGAGGUAAUGAUGACUGGAGCCUAAAUUAACUUGGACUAAUAAAUCUACUUUAUCACAGAAUUUAAAUCUAUUUUAAAAAAUGUCAUUUAUUCAAUUUUAGAUUAGUUUAGGUUGCAGAAAUAAUUUUAUUUACUCAUAAUUUUUCUUUUUUAAAAGUCGAAGUAAAUCAAACGAGUCUUCGUACAGCAGGACUUACAGCUGGACAUCUAAAAUGCAGUAGGGAUUGGAGACUACCGUCAGGAUUAAACUACAGUCAGGAUUAAACUACCGUCAGAAUUAAACAGUCCAGCUAGAUAUGAGACAUAAAAUCAGGAAUGAACAAAACAAGCGGAAUUAAAAACUAAGGUCAGCAUUAAACAGUGAUCAGGAUUAUGUGUGAUGUUCAAGAUUAAAUGUGAAGGUUGGGAUUAAGCACCACACUUGGAAUUAAGUGCGACAGUCAGGAUUAAGUCCUAUUUUCACAUCGACAUAACCUAAAAACAGAAUAAAUCUCUUUUGAUGAUAUCAUCAGUGUGAUUACAUCAUGGAUUACAGUAAAGAACAACUACACUGCUUCUGCACUUUGUGUGCGUGCGCAUAUGUGCUGUCUGUCAUUCUGUCUGUCUGUCUGUCUGUCUGUCUGUCUUUGUUUUUGUGUGUGUAAUGAAUAAGGGCUCUUUGUGCUGCCAAACUCAACUCAUCAGGACUUGUGUGUGUGGUGUGUGUGUGUGUGUGUGUGUGUGUGUGUGUGUGAGAGAGAGAGGGAGUGAAAGAGGUACACAUUAAUCAUGCUAUGUCAAACACACACACACAUUGUGCACCUCGCUGUGCAAAGUAAAAUAAAUAACAUACAUGGCUUCAUCCUCCUCUGGUGAUGCCCAAAGCCCCUCCAAUACUGAUUACCAUUAGCCAAUCACAUCACAGUCCCCCUGCCCAUCAUAAAGGAAGUGUAACAGGCCUGAUCGCCAUGGCGACGAGGUGUGUAAUGCCCUGCAUGUGCAACGUGCAUGCGGAUUAAACAUUAAAGAGAAUAAAGA